GCCAGCACAGGGUCCCGCCAGCUCCUGGGAACCUGAGGGCGCCCGUAGAGCCACAGAGAGACACGAUCCAGGAGGGGGAACCAUCGCCAGGAACAUGCAGUGAGAGAGGAGAGGCCAGCACUGCGAAGGAAAAGCUCUCGAUUUUGUUUUCAGAAAUCCGGUCCAGCUUGAGAGGACUCGCCGUGCAGCAUCAUGGGAACCUCCGCUGUCAAGGCGUCUCUGCCCCAGACACUGCUCGUCUUUCUGCUGUGUGUCGUCUGCGCUCACUGCCAGGAGGAGGAUUAUUCUGGAAACCACUCGGGUGAGGAUCACACCUUUGAAGGCUCUGUCCUCGACCCCUAUGACCACUUGAGGCCCCACCAACCUGAGUCUAACAUCUAUGACGAGGACCAGCGUCCCGAGGAGGAUGACUACGACCCCUACGGACCCGCCCCCACCCACGUCACUAUGAUCACAGAGGACGCCUACCCUUAUGUCACCACCACUGAGUCCCACUACGCCAAGGAGGACAAGCUGGGCCGAAGGAAGGUACCAUUCAGGCCCCAAGGACCCGAGACAGGGUCGUCUGAAGAGUCGGGGGGUGACGCGGCCCUCGGUGAGGAGGGGCCUACUGAAUGUGACUGUGAACCCGGAGAGCCUGGAUUCGCUGGCUUUGCUGGACCAAAGGGCUCCCGAGGCCUGCAUGGCAAAACAGGAGGGCCAGGACACCAAGGCAGAGAGGGCUACAAAGGAACUAAAGGAGUGCAGGGGAGAAGAGGAAGCGGCGGGGCAGUGGGUGAUCCUGGACCUGAAGGCGAAGAAGGAGGUUCUGGUUUCUCUGGAGCCAUGGGAGAACCGGGACUUUUAGGAGCCCUGGGUGAGGGUGGAGAGGCGGGUCUAAAGGGUGACAUCGGCAUGGAGGGUCCUCGCGGAGGCGUUGGAGGUCGUGCUAACCCCGGCUCCGUCGGUGAUCCCGGCACCCCAGGAUCAAGCGGAGGUAAAGGUAUCAAGGGGUCCUUUGGAAAGGAGGGCAAAGUGGGCACUCAAGGACCAGAUGGCCAAAAGGGCCAGACUGGAGCGCCUGGGUUCCCAGGAGAUGUUGGUGAUAGAGGCUACAAUGGAUACCCUGGACAGACGGGAGACCACGGGCCUGUUGGACCAAAGGGCAGCCAAGGUUUAGGUGGCACUCCAGGCAUUGAUGGCGACCCUGGAGAAGAUGGACCCAUCGGUGUCCCGGGACUGAUGGGAGAGCCAGGUUUCUUUGGUCCCAAGGGCAGCAAAGGAGACCGUGGCGUGAAAGGACCUCGAGGCAGAGUGGGCUCUGUGGGACCUGGAGGAGAGCAAGGAGACGCUGGAAUACCCGGCAAGCCAGGACCAAAUGGCUUGCAGGGCCCCAUUGGCGCCAAAGGUGAGACUGGACCAGAUGGCGAUUCGGGUGCAAAGGGAAGGAAUGGCAUAAAAGGCCAGAAAGCACAGAAGGGCGCCGCGGGCGACCGCGGAGACAAAGGCCAGCGGGGAACAAAAGGUGCAUCUGGACGUACCGGAAACGCUGGUCCAGUGGGUCCGCCGGGCAUCCCGGGGACCCGGGGAACCCGCGGCCCAUUGGGAGACCCUGGUGUCAAAGGUCAAACUGGACCCAAAGGAGCGCAAGGUCUCACCGGUCCCGGUCUGACCGACGAGCAGGUCCUGCAGCUCUGUCGGGGCGUGGUCACGUCCCAGAUCUCGCAGUACGCCUCGUCCAUCCGGGCCAAGUGCUCACAGGGCUGCCCUGUCAACAACCGAACGCUCAUCGGGCCCCCGGGCGCCAAAGGCCCCUCGGGACCACCCGGCAAAACGGGUAAAGCGGGGAAAGCUGGAUUCAAAGGGGGCCGAGGUGUUCAGGGAGACCGAGGCCUGGAGGGAGACAAAGGAGCGCAGGGUGAAGGAGGCAAAAAAGGAGCUAAAGGUGUUGGCGGCGACGCAGGAAAAGGCUUCCCAGGACUUGAUGGACCACAAGGGGCCACCGGUUUUCCUGGCGAGCCCGGAGUGGCCAAAAACGGCAUGGAAGGUCAACGCGGUCCGCGUGGCUUCCCAGGUCCCAUCGGUGUUACCGGCAUGCUCGGAAACGCCGGCGUUCCUGGUUUCUGCGAGGCUCGGGACUGCAGCAUCCACGCGCCGGUGAUGCGCAAAGAGCAGGGCCUGGUCAAAGGACCCAGGAGCUCCCACAUUUGAACACCGGGAGACGAGAGGGCCGCACGGCCCCCCAGGUCAAAGUUCAUCUUUUGGAACGUUGCAGCUGAGCAGGCAGAUGAAGAAAGGGAAAAAAAAUUAAAAAAAUUUUUAUUUUUUAAAUCGAACUACAUUAUUUAAGCUUUACUGUUGAAAAUGUCAGUGGGCAAAGUACAGGCCCUAACGGGCGCGCUAAACAAGCAGGAAGACUUUUACUUUGAGAGGUUGGCUAAAAAUCCAAACAAUAAAAGAAUGCUAGCAGGAACAUCCAUUUCAAGUCGACAUAAGUAGCAAAUACUGUGUAAAUAUGAUGUAAAGUAUCUCAAAUACAUGUACUACUGUGAUCUGA